UGACGUUGUAUUCUCUGAUCCCGCCCACGUGUGGUGGUCAAAAGAAACAUGUCGCUCCCCUUCAUACACAGAUCCGCAAUGUUAUGCAGAAGAUUUAGGGCAAGUUUAAAUCUUUACGAUCACACGACAAGGAUUCCAAAUACUACGAUACGGUUACGAACAUUCUGUAGCUCAGUUGGAGAAGCAAAUAUUGGGAUAUUACAAUCUACAGAAGAAUACAAAUUUGUGGAACGACUGAUCCCACCUUCACGAGUGCCCAUUCCCCCUAAACAUGACGGUCCUUCCCCAUCUGGCUGGACUCCUCCAUCAGAGUUACCUCCUGCUUUGCCGUACAUGAUCCGUCGCUCCCGAAUGCACAAUGUUCCUGUCUACACAGACCUCACCCAUGGCAGCCGCAAGACAACCCUUGUACGCAAAGUUGAAGGGGACAUCUGGGCUCUUGAGAAGGAUGUUAAGGAGUACCUGCAACAGCUUACUGGCAAAGACCUGCCAACACAGGUCAAUGAGGUGACCAUGACACUUCGGGUCAAAGGUCACUUUGAUACAGAGCUGAAGGAGUGGCUGGUGGAGAAGGGAUUCUAACUGGACUGCUGGUGAGGUGGUAAACUGUUGCAGAACAGUUGUCAGAGAAAAAGAGUGCAUACUUUUCUACAUGAAACCCAACAAUUUGAAAUGCAUCCUGUAUUGAAAUAGAAUAGAUAAUAAAGAGACAGUUGUUUAUUUAUGUAGAUGUGCUCCAUGUCAAUUAUGCUUGUAUGGAACACUUUAUGCUUGAAAGUUGAAUUAUUAAAUUGGCAUUUCCUAUUUUUUGGGGGGGGGGGCUGCGUUGUAUUGCAAUAAAAUAUCACCAUUACCUGUG